GCACGCACUACCUGAAGAUUGGACAUGAGGCAGACGAGGGCUGUCAUGUAGCACUGCAUAUUUGGUACUAAUAUGAAUUUGGGACUACUUUGAACAGCACAAUCAUCAGCACAAUUCAUCACCGCAUUCAACUGAAAUUUAUUGAUAAAAACAAUAAAGCAAUAAAGUCCUGUUGAGGGACUUACUCCCCUUUCUCUGCCUGGUCUAUUUUGAAUGAUAAAUUUUAGUUGAAUAUGAUGAUGAUUAUUGUGAUGACUGUUGUGUUGAAUGUGGUGCCCAUAUGUGGGUGCCCAUCGUGGUGCCAAAUUCACAGUAGCAAUUGUAAGAUGGAUGCGAAUGCGAGCAACGGGUCACCAAGAGCAGGUCAACUUAUUAACAACAUUUUAGCUCGAGUCGAAGAAUUGUCAGAAGUUAUUUCACCAUUUCGUGAAAACUCUGAAUUAUCGUCUAUAAACGAGGAAGUGGCACGAUCUUUUAAUCGCGGAGGCCGAGGACACGACAUAAAUUUACAACAAUCAACAGCAAUGUCGAGCACAGGUACCAGUUUUGCCACCGUUUCGUCCAUAGAACCAAGGCAAUAUUUUCCUGCUAUGAAGCAUAACAAGCGAAUUUUGAACAGCAGCAGCUCCUCAAGGAAAAAGCAAUCAAAAAUGAAGAAGGGGCCAAGUGGUCCUUUCAUACGAGACAUAGUCCUUUUGUCAGGGCCAAAUGUAAACGCUGUCCCCUGCCAAAGCGCAAGAGUCAAUCUAGUGGAAAAUGGUCAUAUUAUUUUAGGCUUCCAGCUGAUGAAAGAAUGGAAGGGAUAUGAAGUAGAGAUGCAUGUGAGAAAUGCGUUUGGUGACAAACUAAAAGAUCACAAUAUAGAUAUUGAAAUCGUAAUGUCGGUCCACAAUACAUUGCAUCCACCCUGUCUUGCACCGAACCAAACCUUAAAUGGCUUCAUGGUGCACAAAGUGUUCAAAGAUAAACCAAUUUAUGUCAGGCCAUCAGUACAGAUAUUGGAACCAUUAAGCAACAGAAUCAACAAACCUGAACAUUUGAAUGAUCGAGAGGACCUGUGUAUUGUGCAGGAUGACUCAAGUGAUGAUGAGUUUCUAAGAUCUGCGUUUACUAAUGAACCUCCUUGCAUAUCUUCAUAUCAACAUCCUGGAGUUGAGGAACACAGUGAAAUGGAAGUGACUAAUAAUCCACCUGCUGUCCGAGAAACCUCUUUGCCAUCCGUUGGUACUAUUUCAGACUGUUCUCACAACAAUGGAAAUGUUCAGAAUGAAGUUCAACCAGAAGAUCCAAAUUCUGUUGAUAUGUCCAAUAUUUCUGCUGUUGAAACUUCAUCAGAAGUGCUUUUGGAAAAUGAAAAUCUGUCAACUCUUUUGGAAAGUGAAAAUCUUCCAACAAGUAACAUUGUGAUACACUGAUCAAAUCUUAAGCAUAACAUGAUUGAUGCAUUUUGUGAUGAAGAAAUUUUAAAUUCAA